AAACCGUUACUGGUGUUGCCACACUACAUUUUGGGUUUGAAACGAUAGAGCUGCCAUACCAAAAGCCAUUCCAGCCCUGAGCUAUCGAAAGUAAAUCGAGCUAGGGUCCAUCACUAAUGUUCCGACUGUUACCGCGUUUUCGAACACUAUCUAUAAUGACUGGCGGCACCCCACCAAAACGUUCCCCCCUGUGGAUCGGCACUCACAACGGUACAUUUCACUGCGAUGAGGUAGUCGCAUGUUUCAUGCUCAAGCAACUGGAGGAGUUUAAAAAUGCUGAGAUUUUCCGAAGCCGGGACGACAAGGCCUUGCAGGAAAAAUGCGACAUCAUCGUGGAUGUGGGUGGUGUUUAUGAUCCUGCCAAGAAAUGGUACGAUCACCAUCAGCAAACCUUCAGGGAAACUUUCAAGUCCAUUCGCCCGGAAGUGAGUGAAGAUUUCAACGUUAUCAGGCUAAGCAGCGCUGGCCUGGUUUACAGCCACUACGGCGAGCGUGUCAUCCAGAGCAUUCUGCAGCGGGAAAAGGGUAUCCAACUCUCGCCGGAAAACCUACAACUGGCCUUCGUCCAGAUCUACAGGAACUUUAUUAGCGAACUGGACGCCAUCGACAAUGGAGUGCCCAUGUUUGAGGGCGGCGAGCCCAUCUACAAAAUCUCCAGCCAUCUAUCCGCCCGCAUUGGCAAGCUGAAUCCCUCCUGGCAGGAAACUGGCGUCGACAUUGAAGACCGAUUCCGACUGGCAAUGGAAACUGCUGGCCAGGAGUUUGUGCAAAACGUUGUGGAGGUGGCCUGCUCUUGGAUUGCUGCCAGGGAUCACGUGCGAGAGGCUUUGGAACAGGCUAAAAGCGUCCAUCCUACUGGCGAGAUUCUCGUGUUGAAGACAUUCUGCCCCUGGAAGGCUCACCUGGCUGAUUUGGAGAAGGAGUACAAGGUGGAAGGAGUGCCCAAGCUGAUCGUCUUUAACGACGGUAACAGCUGGCGGGUGGCCGGAGUCCCAGUGACGCCCAGCAGCUUCCUGGGCCGCAAGUUCCUGCCCACCCCCUGGCGAGGAUUAAGAGACGAUGAACUGAGUCAGAAGGCGGGUAUCAAAGAUCUCGUCUUUGUGCACCACAACGGGUUUAUCGGUGGUGCAAAAACCGAGGAGGCUGCCAUGUUGUUGGCCAAGAAGUCCAUUGAGUGGACGGAUGAGCAAUAAGCCAUCAUUAAAUGCAGAUUGUGUACUUUACGAACUCAUUGUGCCCUUCAAUUUUCGAUAUAUCUAUAUUAAAAGUAAACAAA